CAAAUAUAAAACGAAAUUUAAAAAAAAAAAUUAAAAAAAAAUCUGAGAUUUCAAUGUUCCCCUGAUCAUCAUCCACCCCAACAGGUCCUCAUCUUUUUAAUUUUUUACUGUUCAUAAAUCGACACAGAAGCAUAAAAGGCAUUCUGGGUUCAAUAGAAUUUGGUUUUUUUUUUGUGAGAGAAAUAAUUGCUGAAGAUAUUCUGGGUUGGAAAUGGGAAACAGGGCCUCUCACAUUUAUGGCAGUUUUUGAUGUAUAAAUGGCAAUAAUUACGUGUGCCGUAAAUUAAUACUACUGUUUGGAGAUAAACCCAACAUUUGUAACGUUUGAUUUGAGUGUGGAGAAGUCCGGUUUAGUCUUUUGGACUGAUCCAUCCAUUUCUUUUCCCUGCUAAAAGGGUCACUUUCUUCUUCUUCUUCUUCUUCUUCUUCUUCUUCACUGUGAGUUUCUCUUUAUCUUUUUGUUGCCCGUGAUUAUUUUUUAUGGACUUUGUGUAACUCUUUUGCUAAUCGUUUUAGGAAUCUUAGUGGGAAAUAGGAAGGAAUCAUGGGUUUGAUUUCGGGGAUGGUGAUGGGCAUGCUGUUCGGGAUCGCAAUAAUGGCCGGCUGGCAAUAUAUGAUGAAGUAUCGAAGCAACAAACGUGUGGCGAAGGCCGUUGACAUAAAACUACUUAGCUCCCUUAACAGGGAAGACUUGAAAAAGAUUUGUGGUGAAAACUUUCCUGAGUGGAUAUCUUUCCCAGUUUUUGAGCAGGUGAAGUGGUUGAAUAAACAACUAGCCAAACUAUGGCCGUUUGUAGCAGAUGCUGCAGAGGCUGUUAUCAGAGAAUCUGUUGAACCUCUUUUGGAAGACUAUCGUCCUCCAGGAAUAACUUCGCUAAAGUUCAGCAAACUGACUCUUGGAACUGUGGCACCGAAAAUUGAAGGGAUCCGUGUUCAGAGCCUUAAGAAAGGCCAAAUAACUAUGGACAUCGAUCUUCGAUGGGGUGGUGAUCCGAACAUCGUCUUGGGUGUGGAAGCUGCAAUGGUGGCAUCUAUACCCAUCCAGCUGAAGAAUCUUCAAGUUUUCACUGUUGUUCGCGCUAUCUUUCAACUAGCUGAGGAGAUCCCCUGCAUUUCGGCUGUUGUUGUCGCUCUCCUAGCCGAACCCAAGCCAAGAAUUGAUUAUACUUUAAAGGCUGUUGGUGGAAGUUUAACAGCUAUUCCUGGGCUCUCAGACAUGAUUGAUGAUACUGUGAAUACCAUUGUCACAGAUAUGCUCCAAUGGCCUCACCGCAUUGUUGUUCCAAUUGGUGGCAUUCCUGUAGAUUUAAGUGAGUUGGAACUUAAACCACAAGGGAGGCUCACCGUAACUGUGGUGAGGGCAAAUGACCUGAAGAACAAGGAAUUGAUUGGAAAAUCUGAUCCAUAUGCAGUCGUCUAUAUCCGUCCACUAUUCAAAGUCAAAACAAAGACCAUUGAGAACAACCUGAAUCCUGUUUGGAACCAAAAGUUUGACUUGAUUGUUGAAGACCAUGAGACUCAGUCCCUUAUUGUUGAGGUUUUUGAUAAAGAUGUCGGGCAAGAUGAAAAGUUGGGGGUUGCAAAAGUGCGUAUGAGUGAACUGGAACCUGAAGCAGCAAAGGAGGUUGAACUAAGAUUGAUGCCAGCUCUAGACAUGCUCAAAAUUAAAGACAAGAAAGAUAGAGGAACUAUUACGCUUCAGUUGUUGUAUCAUGCAUUCAACAAAGAAGAGCAGUUGGCCGCCCUUGAAGAGGAGAAAGCCCUCCUCGAACAAAGAAAGAAGCUUAAAGAAUCAGGAGUAAUGGGGAGUACAAUGGAUGCACUUGAUGGUGCGGCAUCAAUGGUUGGUUCAGGCAUUGCUGGUGGAGUUGGCCUUGUUGGAAGUGGUGUGGGCGCAGGGGUUGGUCUUGUUGGCAGCGGUCUAGGAGCCGUAGGUAGUGGCCUUGGAGCCGUAGGAAGUGGCUUAUCAAAAGCUGGAAAGUUCAUGGGGAGGACCAUUACUGGUACAUCUAGCAGCAAUAAGAAGAGUAGCGGCUCUUCAACCCCGGUGAACUCUGCCCUGGAGAACGGUGGUGGUGCAAAACCACUGUAGACAUGUGAAUGGUUAUGAUUUGGUUGGCUGAAUAGAUAUUGUGAAAGAAUUAGUCGUUAGAUUUCCAACUUGCGUUUUGUUUGAUUCCAUUAUCAGCUCUUAUAUGUGAUUAACGCUGUAACAAUUUAAACCAGUUCAGAUUUGGUUAAAAAGUUGUACUAUAUUGUUGUCCGUGUGCCAUUUCAGUUCUACUAGUAUUUGAAUCCUUCUUUGGGCAUGAAACAGCCUUUUGCCCAGCUCCCGCCGUUUCGAGAUAUUCCGAAAAUGACAAUUUUUAUCUUUUUGAAACGGUACAUGUAUAUUAAUUCGAAAUACCUAUUUUAUUACAAUGUUGUUUAGCAUAAGUUAAAUUAUGUAAUUUACUGACAUUAUUUUUACUAACUUUAGUUAAAGUACACUAUUGACAGAAAAUGAC